AUGCAUGGCUUCCGGGAGGCUGGAGAUAGGAACGUGGCCCAAGGACCCCCCAUGACUGCCCUCUUGGGCCUCUGGGAGGGCCCCGCAGCUGCAGGAUUGGAAGCAGGAACCCGGAAGUGGGACACCGGAGAGGCUCGCCAGCCCCGCGCACGCUCCCGGACCCUGGAGUCCUCGCUGUCCGGCUCUGAGGAACAGGAGCCCGUGGAGUACAAGUCCCUGCAGUGGUUCGGGGCCACAGUUCGAGCCCACGGCUCCUCCAUCUUGGCCUGCGCGCCCCUGUACAGCUGGCGCACGGAGAAGGACCCGCUGAACGACCCGGUAGGCACCUGCUACCUCUCCACCGACAACUUCACCCGCAUCCUGGAGUACGCACCUUGCCGCUCAGACUUCAGCUGGGCGGCUGGACAGGGUUACUGCCAAGGGGGCUUCAGCGCUGAGUUCACCAAGACUGGGCGAGUGGUUCUGGGUGGCCCAGGAAGCUAUUUCUGGCAAGGCCAGAUCCUGUCGGCCACGCAGGAGCAGAUUGCAGAAUCCUACUACCCCGAGUAUCUGAUCAACCUGGUUCAAGGCCAGCUGCAGACUCGCCAGGCCAGUUCCAUCUAUGACGACAGCUACCUGGGGUACUCCGUGGCCGUGGGUGAAUUCAGUGGCGAUGACACGGAAGACUUCGUGGCUGGUGUGCCCAAAGGAAACCUCACUUACGGUUAUGUCACCAUCCUUAAUGGCUCAGACAUCCGGUCCCUCUACAACUUCUCAGGGGAGCAGAUGGCCUCCUACUUCGGCUAUGCAGUGGCUGCCACGGACGUCAAUGGGGACGGGCUGGAUGACUUGCUGGUGGGAGCACCCCUGCUCAUGGAGCGGACGGCCGACGGGCGGCCUCAGGAGGUGGGCAGGGUCUACGUGUACCUGCAGCGCCCCGCUGGCAUGGAGCCCACGCCCACCCUCACCCUCACUGGCCACGAUGAGUUUGGCCGGUUUGGCAGCUCCUUGACCCCCCUGGGAGACCUGGACCAGGAUGGCUACCAGGAUGUGGCCAUCGGGGCCCCCUUUGGGGGGGAGACCCAGCAGGGAGUGGUGUUUGUGUUCCCGGGGAGCCCGGGGGGGCUGGGCUCUAAGCCGUCCCAGGUCCUGCUGCCCCUGUGGGCCCCCGGCCACAGCCCUGACUUCUUUGGCUCUGCUCUUCGAGGCGGCCGAGACCUGGACGGCAACGGAUACCCUGAUCUGAUCGUGGGGUCCUUUGGUGUGGAUAAAGCUGUGAUGUACAGGGGCCGCCCCAUCGUGUCUGCCAGCGCCUCCCUCACCAUCUUCCCGGCCUUGUUUAACCCAGAAGAACGCAGCUGCAGCUUGGAGGGGAACCCCGUGGCCUGCAUCAACCUCAGCUUCUGCCUCAAUGCUUCUGGGAAACACGUCCCUGACUCCAUUGGCUUCACGGUGGAGCUGCAGCUGGACUGGCAGAAGCAGAAAGGCGGCGUCCGGCGGGCCCUGUUCCUGGCAUCCAGGCAGCCCACCCUGAUCCAGACCCUCCUCGUCCAGAACGGCGCCCGCGAGGACUGCAGGGAGAUGAAGAUCUACCUCAGGAACGAGUCCGAGUUCCGAGACAAACUCUCCCCGAUUCACAUCGCCCUCAACUUCUCCCUGGACCCCCAAGCCCCUGUGGACAGCCAUGGCCUCCAGCCAGUCUUACACUACCAGAGCAAGAGCCGCAUAGAAGACAAGGCUCAGAUCUUGCUGGACUGCGGCGAGGACAACAUCUGCGUCCCGGACCUGCAGCUGGAAGUGUUUGGGGAGCAGAACCGCGUGUACCUCGGCGACAAGAACUCCCUGAACCUGACUUUCCACGCCCAGAACGUGGGUGAGGGCGGCGCCUACGAGGCUGAGCUCCGCGUGACGGCACCCCCAGAGGCUGAGUACUCGGGGCUCGUGCGCCACCCAGGGAACUUCUCCAGCCUGAGCUGCGACUACUUUGCGGUGAACCAGAGCCGCCUGCUGGUGUGUGACCUGGGGAACCCCAUGAAGGCCGGGGCCGACCUCUGGGGUGGCCUUCGAUUCACAGUCCCUCACCUCCGGGACUCGAAGAAGACCAUCCAGUUUGACUUCCAGAUCCUCAGCAAGAAUCUCAACAACUCGCAGAGCGACGUGGUUUCCUUCCGGCUCUCGGUGGAGGCUCACGCCCAGGUCUCCCUCAACGGCGUCUCCAAGCCCGAGGCAGUGCUCUUCCCCGUGAGUGACUGGCACCCCCGGGACCAGCCUCAGGAGGAGGGGGACGUGGGCCCCUCCGUGCAGCAUGUCUACGAGCUCAUCAACCAGGGCCCCAGCUCCAUCAGCCAGGGCGUGCUGAGGGUCAGCUGCCCCCUGGCCCUGGAGGACCAGCCCCUUCUCUACAUGACCCGGGUCACGGGGUUCGGCAACUGCACUGCCAGCCACAGCCCCAACCUCCAGGGGCUGAAGCUGGACCCCGAGGGUUCGCAGCCUCACCAGCUCCACCGCCGGGAAUCUCCACACCGGGGCCCUGCCCCCCCGGGGCCCAAGGUCCUGAAAUGCCGGGAGGAGAAGUGUCUCACGCUGCGCUGUGAGCUGGGGCCGCUGCACCGGCAGGAAAGCUGGAGUCUGCAACUGCAUUUUCGAGUCUGGGCCAAAACCUUCCUGAAUCGAGAGCAGCAGGCAUUUAGCCUGCAGUGUGAAGCUGUGUACGAGGCUCUGAAGAUGCCCUACCGGAUCCUGCCUCGGCAGCUUCCUCAAAAGGAACUUCAGGUGGCCACGGCUGUGCAGUGGAUCAAGGCAGAAGGCAGCCAGGGCGUCCCGCUGUGGAUCAUCAUCCUCGCCAUCCUCUUUGGUCUCCUGCUGCUUGGUCUGCUCAUCUACAUUCUCUACAAGCUCGGAUUCUUCAAACGCUCCCUCCCUUACGGCACGGCCAUGGAAAAAGCUCAGCUCAAGCCUCCAGCCACCUCUGAUGCCUGACUCCUCCCAAUCCCAGAAUCCCAGUCCUGAAGGCCCAGUCCCCCGCACCCUCAGUCUACUGAAAGGGAGGGGGCUGGGCGCUUCCUGUAGGUGCUGAGGGCCAGGGAGAAGUGUCUCCCCAGCCCAGAGACAUACUUGAAGGGCCAGAGCCGGGGAGGUGAGGAGCUGGGGACCCCUCCCCCCAUGCACUGUGAAGGACCCUUGUUUACACAUGCCCCCCCCCAUGCGUGGGGAAACUCAGAUCCAGGGACAGAGGCCCCAGCCUCCCUGCAGCCAUUGCGUUUUGGAGAGAGUUUCCCAAAAACAACUUGGAACCCUAACUGGGAGAUCCAGCCCCAGUUCUCUGGGCCAGAUGUGUCACCGGGACUUCCUGUCCAGCUCCAGCCUGCAAAGCUUGGCCCCGGGCCUUGCCAGAGAUCCACACAAAGCCCCUCGCCAAGAACCUGAACCCCGGGGAGUGAGACCUGGCAGCUCCAGACAGCCCCUCCCCGGCGGCCGACAAGGAACACUAACCGCGGACGGUGCCCCGCGCCAGCUCAGGAGAGAUCCCAGACAAGGGUCAGUGCGGGCCCAGACCAGCUCGAGGAGGAACCAGAACUCUAAUGGGGCCAGCCCGAAGCGGGGGCCCACGAGUGACCCGGGACCACGGUUGUGUAACCAGCCACGUCCGGAGCCACGCGGAGUCCGCCCCAGAGGGCCCAGCCCACACCUGACUCGGGAGGAGUCAGAAAUUGCCCAGGACGCGACAAGGCCAUGAUGGCAACUUUUCUGGAACCUCAGCCUGGCCAGACGCAGGCCCUCCCAGGCCCCCGGAGCCGGGAGCCGGAGGUCCUGGGCCUGCAGGAUUUGGGUUCUGCCCACCAGCUGCACUGACGCUGCCCCUCGUCUUCCUGUCCAGCCCUCCCCUCCCCUCAGCUCCGGACCCCCGGGACUUAUUUAAACUCUGUUGCAAGUGCAAUAAACCCGGCCCAGAGCCCCUACUGACCAGA